UUUAGUCACUCUCCUGUGUAAAAAUAUAAAGGCUUGCGAAUUAUUCGCUCAGCCUUCCAUCACCUUUUCACUCUUCCGCAAGCUCCCUACAAAUACUAUGGCGAUGGCCAACAAGGCAAAACUUGAGGCACUCCUGACUCUGAUCAACACAUCCGCACGAGAUGCCAUCACGUUGUAUGAGCAGUAUGGUGAAGUACCUGCUAUCGACCAGAUGGAGCCCCACCCGUUGGACGAUGCGAUCGAUCAAACAGCUUUGAAGAGUGCUAUUCGUAUUCUUGAAGGUGCUUGUGCACAAAUAUGCGCGACACUUGCUCCACCUUCCCAUACUGCAAUUAACCUUGUCCAAGUGUAUGAUCAUGCUUGCGUGCGAGUAGUUGCUCGGGAACGUGUUUCGGAUAUUCUGUUGAAGUAUCCCAGGGGUCUUCAUGUCAAUGAGCUCUCCAAAGAAAUCAACAUCGAGCCAAAGAAACUGGCCAGGAUCAUGCGCCUCCUAGCCACGAGAGGUUGCUACAAUGAAGUCGACACGGACGUUUUUGCCAACAACCGACUGUCUCUAAUCCUACUCGAAGAAAAUCCUGUCAAACACAUGAUCUUGCUUCACGUGGAACCAAGUGCCAAGGGAGCAACCGUUUUCUAUGAAACACUCAAGGAUCCGAGGAUUGCCUACUCGUAUGAGCAAACGGCUGCACCUGUGAUGUACGCCAUCAACAAAGAUGGAACCGAAGGAACGAUCUUUGACUUGAUGGCACGGAAUGACGACCAACGCAAGUGCUAUAAUACAUCGAUGAGAGGUCUGAACCAUAUCAUGGGCUCCCUCGCCGUCCUGACCCAUUUCCCAUUCGAAAAGUACUCAACAGUCGUUGAUGUUGGAGGAGGUAUCGGCGCAUUUUCUCUAUCUUUGGCUAAAAUGCACAAAAGCAUCAAAAUCACAAUCCACGAUCUUCCGGAAGCAUUAGUCCCGGCGAGAGACAUCUGGGUGAGAGAAUGCCCUGAAGCCCUGGCAGAAAACAGAGUCGAGUUCGACGAUUUGAACUUCUUCGAACAAGUGCCUGUGAAGGAUAAGGACAUUUACUAUCUUAGAAAUAUCAUCCACAACUGGGAUGACCGCGAAUCUACGAUCAUUCUUUCAAACAUUCGCAAGGCGCUCGGUCCAAACAGCCGCGUCCUCAUCCAUGACUACGUGCUUCGUCAGCUCAGCCGCAAGCAGGCAGUAAUAGAAGCUUCAGAGUUCGGAGUUGUUUUGGCUCCUGAACCUCUUCUCGCAAACUUUGGUGUUGGAAAUAUACGUUCAUACCAGCAAGAUAUGACUAUGUUGUUCGCACACAACGCAAAGGAGCGAACAUUGCAAGACUUCCUCGCACUCGCCACUGCCGCCCGUCUGAAACUAGAGAAAGUCUGGGACCUUGCUGAAUCAUGCGUCUUGGAGUAUUCUGCCGCAUGAUGUUUUGUGAGCUAAUUGAUGUGUUCAUCCACAUCAUUCCGAAUCCCCUUUUUCUUCGUCGCUUAGUUAUCAGUUGGCAGUUUUGAUUUCUUGUGUCAUGGCUACUAGUUCUCAUCGUCUCAUUCUGUUGGUGAUGCUUUGGCUCGUCCUGUCGCUCUGGUGGUUUCGGAUCAAGAACUUCCUGAUGAUGGAAGCUCCGUUGUGUCGACGUGCGAUUUACGCCAGUAUUUUGGGUAUUUUGCGGUUA